ACCUAUGUUUUCUUUUCUUUUCUUUUUGUACAGCCCCUCUCUCUCUCUCUCCUUAACCCCUAUCUCUUUGCUGCUUAAACCUCUAAAUAUCUCUCUCUCUCUCUCUCAUUUCAUCAGAGCAGAUAAAGAAAGAAUGCAAGCUGCUGCAGCUCUCUGUUUUACCCCUCCAGCACGCCAUGCCUGUUCACCUUCUCACUUGUCCUACAAACCCCUCAAUUACCCACUCUUCUCAUACACUCCCCCAACCCCCUCACUAUGGUCUGCCCAAACCCUGUUUAGAAAAUCCAUUUGUAAAACCCCAGCUGUAGGCAAAUACGUCAGGGAAGAUUAUCUUGUGAAGAAGGUGUCUGCCAAUGAGAUUCAAGAACUGAUAAAGGGAGAAAGGAAUGUGCCACUGAUUAUUGAUUUUUAUGCCACAUGGUGUGGUCCUUGUAUUUUGAUGGCGCAAGAACUUGAAAUGCUUGCUGUAGAGUAUGAAAACAAUGCACUUAUUGUCAAAGUAGACACAGAUGAUGAAUACGAAUUUGCACGUGAUAUGCAGGUUCGAGGACUACCUACAUUGUAUUUCAUAAGUCCAGAUCCAAAUAAGGAUGCUAUCAGAACUGAAGGGCUCAUCCCAAUACAAAUGAUGCGGGACAUCAUUGAUAAUGAUUUAUGAAGAAUAAUUCAGUAGGUUCUUUGUUGGCUGCCGCUGCCCUUGGGCCACCCCUCCUAUGCUUCUCACUCACCUACGCUCAUGCAGUCAUGGAACUAUGCAGCCCAUGCUCUUUGCUGCUAUUGUCGAGCUGCCUCAUUCAUUCAUAGCGUGGUACCAAUAUGUGAAUCUCCACAUAAAUUUUCAGCAAUUUCUCUGCGAAUCUGUGACUUGGUAUCUGCCUAGCAGUGGUAAGAGUUGUAACAUGUUCAGAUAAGAAAUGAAUGUUUAGAUGAAUAGAUUUCCUCUAGAUUGAAAGUGUAUUAUGUACCCUGCUAAGUGUUCUCAUGGUAGCUUGUUCGAAGCUGAAUCUUGAUGUUGAAUUUAAUUUAGAUUUUUUAUUGAAGGUC